CUGUAAAUUAAUUUUCUUUUAAAAUCUUAAUCAUUUUCCUUUAAUCAAAUCACAUAUAGUCAUAUAAAAUUAGAAGUCUAUUGUCAGGUCAGCACUAAGGACACUUAAGAGAGGAGAUAUAUCCUUAAUUAUACAUCUGUAAAAAUGAGCAAGAAAACCCAAAUCUGCAAAUUUUCAGGAAAGUUGUCUGCCAGUGGGUCUCAUUUCAAUUAUCUUUCUUGAAUUUCACAUACAGCUCAUUAUGACCAUAUGUUAAUAAUCUCUCCAUCACAGAGGUAAUUGAUUUUUCAAAUAUUUCUAUCAAUGCAUACAAAACUUAGUGUCCCACUUGUAAUGUUGGGCAAGCCUACCACAGUACAAAGAGGAGGGAGGGGUAUACUAAACAUUUUUUAGAACAUCCUAACUUAAAGUGGGGUAGACAAUAUCUAACACACUUAGCAAUAAUUUUUGGAUCCCUCUCAAUAACUGCAAAUGAGGGACAAAUACAAUCCGGAUCUCUGCCCCAACAUGAUCUGCCCCAACACACUGCAUAAUAUUUUUAAAAAUCAUUCUAACAUAUAGGAACAUCCAGAAAACCAACCUGCAUAAUCAGGAAAGAGCAAACUUUCAACUUGUAUUUUAAAAGACCUCCAGGAUUAACAGACAUUAAUGAUCUUAUUCCUCUAAAUGUAAGUUAGUGACUCUUGUCUUAGAAAACCCCAACUAGUCCACUAAUUGAUGGAUGACCAUUCAUACACCUGUAUAUGCAUUUCAGCGGUAAAAAGACAAACGGUUUUCAGCACCAAGAGUACCACUUGGCCAAGUCUUUUCAAAAUGUCAGUAUGCUUCAAGUAAUACCAAAGCUGAGAGAUUCCUCUUGAUUUCCAAAAGUGUCUAGGUGGCCUGGGUGGGUUUCUGCCUGCAGCAGCCUCCUACCUUUAGUUCCUGUGCUUAUAUCCAUGAGGGGGAUUAAUUAGCCUGGCUGGAGCCAAAGGAGGCUGUCGUGACGAGCCCAGUGGCGAUUGGCCGCCAGCCUGCCUGGCCCUGCCUUUAUAAUUUCCACACGAGUGCGUCUGGGCUCUGAGACAAACCGACAGCAGCUUCUUCUGACAUAUACACACGCACACUCACCCCUGACACACUCAGCACACUUUUCCUCCACCUGAUUAACAGUCCUGCACACACAAUGACUCUCGGAAAGGGUAAAUAAAGACGGAAAGGGUUUAUUUUGACUCCUGAAGAGCUUUGCUGGGUAUCAGCGCAACUUUGUUUUUAUAACUGAGAAGGGGAUCUCUCCAUGCGUUUCUCUCCCACCAGGAUUCUUUAAAAGAGGAAGAGGCCGAGAAAGGGGGAGGGGGACAGUGUUUCACUUUAAGAGCCGCUGGGCGCCUAGACACAAGGAGGGGACCGCGGCAACUAGAACCCCCGCAGCGGCGCGUCCGGACCGGUUUGGAGACGCUCUGAGAGCGCUGGGCCGUUUCUGCACGAAGUUGGCUCCAGCUCUAGCAGCCGCAUUGGAUCCCACAGCCUACUGCGAGACUCCGGUGUACAAUCCGGAUCUCUGCCCCAACAUGAUCGCGGCCCAGGCCAAGCUGGUGUACCAUCUGAACAAAUACUACAACGAAAAAUGCCAAGCCAGGAAAGCUGCCAUUGCUAAAACUAUCCGGGAAGUCUGCAAAGUCGUAUCCGACGUGCUGAAAGAAGUGGAAGUGCAGGAGCCCCGCUUUAUCAGCUCCCUCAACGAAAUGGACAACCGCUAUGAGGGCUUGGAGGUCAUCUCCCCCACCGAAUUUGAGGUGGUGCUUUACCUUAACCAAAUGGGGGUUUUUAACUUUGUGGAUGACGGCUCGCUGCCCGGCUGCGCGGUGCUGAAGUUGAGCGACGGGCGCAAAAGGAGCAUGUCCCUCUGGGUGGAAUUCAUUACUGCCUCCGGCUACCUCUCGGCGCGCAAAAUCCGGUCCAGGUUUCAGACGUUGGUGGCUCAAGCAGUGGACAAAUGUAGCUACAGGGAUGUGGUAAAGAUGGUGGCAGACACCAGCGAAGUGAAACUGCGAAUCCGAGAUCGGUACGUGGUGCAGAUCACCCCUGCAUUUAAAUGCACCGGGAUCUGGCCGAGGAGUGCUGCCCACUGGCCACUUCCCCACAUCCCCUGGCCCGGACCCAACCGGGUGGCGGAGGUCAAAGCGGAAGGGUUCAAUCUCUUGUCCAAGGAGUGCCACUCCCUGGCCGGCAAGCAGAGCUCGGCGGAGAGCGACGCCUGGGUGCUGCAAUUCGCGGAAGCGGAGAACAGACUGCAGAUGGGGGGCUGCAGAAAGAAAUGCCUGUCCAUCCUCAAAACCUUACGGGACCGCCACUUGGAACUGCCUGGCCAGCCCCUGAACAAUUACCACAUGAAGACUCUGGUUUCCUAUGAGUGUGAAAAGCAUCCCCGGGAGUCCGACUGGGACGAGUCUUGCCUGGGCGAUCGGCUCAACGGCAUUUUGCUGCAACUUAUCUCCUGUCUGCAGUGCCGGCGGUGCCCUCACUACUUCCUACCUAACCUAGACCUGUUUCAAGGCAAACCUCACUCGGCGCUAGAGAACGCUGCCAAACAAACGUGGCGACUGGCAAGAGAGAUCCUGACCAACCCAAAAAGUUUGGAAAAACUUUAGAGAACAGCCGAAACGUUACUACUCUUCUCAAAAUCCUAAUUAAGUGUACACGUCCUGUUCGAUACCUAAUAUACCACUUGACAGUGCAAACAAUCUCUUCCUUAAAAAGGAAUAAUACAAUGCUUAGGCAUUCUCACCCACCCCUCCAAGGGGAGAAAAACAGUGAGGAAAGCAGAUAAAGGAAAACCCCAGCCCACAAGUAUUAGAGACUUCUUUACAAAGGAUUUCAUAAUUCUCUUGGAAAGUACACAAUGACACCCUGAAAACAACCCAGCUGUAAUGCAAGACCACAGGGAACACUCUGCCUAACUAUCAAAGGAUUAUAGCAAUCCUGGUGACUUAGGUGCAUCUGUCUGUGAGUAAACACGAUUUGGAUAUGCCAUCUGAAGGAAAGUGUAAUGUAUAUUUUUAUUUGUAACAAAUAUUGUGAUCUCACAUUGUCUUUGAAGUGUGGAUGUUUGUGUUUUGUGAUUUGGUGAACAGAAGUUAAAUUGCCAUUUUGGAUACUUCCAGACAUUUUCCUCUAACAAAGAUACCAUUUAAAGGUAGAUUUCCUCCCAAUACUUUAUCUGUCUUUGAAAGUAUCUGAACUUUAAAAAGUUUACAUUUUGUUUCAAAUAUAUUGCUUGUUCUAUUUCUAACAUUCCAUAAAUAUACUUGAAAUGUUAUUUAAAUAUAGUCAAAGAAAUUUGAAUUCAGCGUAUAUAAUAACGCUUGAAUAUCUGAAUUAUAUAUUUGAAAAAUGCACUUGAAAUACACUGGAUAAUUACUUUUGGGAUUUAGAUUUUAAUUUCUCUUGCUGGUUUUUAUUUAAUUAGAAGCUAAUAAAGAGGUAAAAUAAAAGUUGUGUGUCACUUUAAAUUGUUUUUCUUUGAAAAGAUGUAAUGCUUCAUUUUGAAUAUUGAACCCACUUGAAUAUUUUAAACAUUACAAUGUUUUUUGUAGAGCUACAGAAGAUAACAGUAUAUCUCACUUUCUAACUUACUUAAAAGACUAUUUCUUUCCAUGACAGACACAAUUUAAAUCUACCCAUGAAAGCUUGCUCUUCUAGGUUAGUAUUUCUGUGCCAUUUUUGAUGAUAUAAAGAAAAAAUUUAGUGAAGACUGUUAAGUUAAACAUCAGACUAACUUGCAGAAAUGAACUAAUCAAAAUCAUAA